UUCUCUCCCUCGGUGUGGCCUUCCUAGCCGUGACCGCCGACAUCACCACCGCCGUCCAACAACCCGCACGGUGUUGUGCUGUCUACCCAAUGAUUACUGCAAAUCGGUGAACGAAUUUCACCGAAUGCUGUUUUGUUUUCACCUAAUUUGAGACAACAUAGUUGGCAUCUCUCAUCCCAAAAAGGCAAGGAUGUUAUACAUAAUAGGAUUAGGGUUAGGAGAUGAGAAAGACAUCACACUAAGAGGGCUUGAGGCAAUCAAGAAAUGCAGUAAAGUUUAUAUGGAGGCCUACACUUCUCUCCUCUCCUUCGGCAUCACUUCUGAUGGCCUCUCCAAACUGGAAAAGGUUUAUGGGAAAUCUAUAAUUGUUUCAGACAGGGAAAUGGUGGAGGAGAAGGCAGAUGACAUGCUGUUGGAAGCUCAGGUUUCUGACGUGGCAUUUAUGGUCGUUGGAGAUCCUUUUGGAGCAACGACACAUUCUGAUCUCGUUGUCCGGGCUAAGAAGUUGGGCGUGGAUGUUAAGGUUGUGCACAAUGCCUCAGUUAUGAACGCGAUUGGAGUUUGUGGCUUGCAGCUCUAUCGUUAUGGAGAGACGAUCUCAAUCCCGUUUUUCACUGAAACUUGGAAGCCUGAUAGCUUUUACGAAAAAAUUAAAAGAAAUCGGGAACUUGGAUUGCAUACGCUUUGCCUGUUAGAUAUAAAGGUGAAAGAGCCUUCACUAGAGUCGCUAUGCAGAGGGAAGAAGGUUUACGAGCCACCAAGGUUUAUGACUAUAAACACAGCAAUAGAACAACUCUUGGAGGUGGUGGAGAACCACCCGGAUUCAGCUUACAGCAAAGACACGACGUGUGUUGGUUUGGCGCGGGUGGGUUGUGAAGAUCAGAUGAUAGCUGCAGGCUCCAUGGAGCAACUCUUGACGAUAGACUUUGGCCCCCCUUUGCACUGCCUUGUGAUUGUGGGUGAUACUCACCCUGUAGAAGAAGAGAUGCUCCAGUUUUAUACAAUUAACAGUAGUUGAAAAAACUUAUCUUUUUCUAGGAUAGUAUUGUAAAACAAUUUUGUUAUAUUAUUCGAAACUGUGAAUUCGAUUUCCUUGCA